GAUCCUGUUCCUUCUUCAUCAAUGCCUUCCUUUUACAGCAGACAGCCUGGUAUGAAGUUCCCAAACCAGAGGUCAUAUUCAAGUUGGAGCAAGGAGAGGAGCCUUGGGCAUUGAAGGAAAAAGCCCUACAUCACAGCUGCUCAGAUGGAAAGUUUGGGAUUAAAACCUUACAAAAAAGAAUUUCUGGAAAAGUUUCAUUUCAUGGUGAAAUGGAAGGUGAAGAUGCCAAAGAUGAUUCAUUGUAUUCCAUUUUAGAAGUACUGUGGCAAGAUGCUGAACAGAUAAAAAGCUACCAGGAAAAGCAGAACAAACCUCUGAGUCAUGCUGCUUUCAUCAAUAAGAAAAUAUUGAAUACAGAGUGGGAUUAUGAAUAUAAAAACAGUGGAAAAUUUAUUCAUCCAGGCCCAAAUUGUAUUCCUUCACAGAAAAGACCCCAUAAACGUAACUCAUUUGGAAAGAAUUUAAAGCAUAAUUUAGGUGUACAUAUUCAUAGUGAAAGCAGUACAACAAAUAACUUUGAUAAAAUUAUUGGACACAGUCAAGUUUUCACCCAGAGCUCUUCUUAUACUAACCAUGAAAAUACACAUACUGGAGUAAAAUUCUGUGACAACAAUCAGUGUGGAAAAGUCUUCAGCUUCAAACAAGCAGUCAGUCAGAAUCUGAAAUUUCCUGUUGGGGAGAAAGCAAAUAUGUGUACUGAACUUGGGAAGAUCUUCACCCAGAGGUCACAACUCUUUGCACCUCAGAGAAUUCAUACUAUGGAUAAACCUCAUGAACUUAGGAAAUGUGUAAAUGUUUUUGCACAGAAGCCACUACUCAGUAUCUAUUUGAGAGUUCAUAGAGAUGAAAAGCUAUAUAUAUGUUCUGAGUGUGGAAAGGCAUUCAUCCAGAAUUCAGAAUUAAUUAUGCAUGAGAAAAUUCAUACCAGAGAAAAACCCUAUAAAUGUCAUGAAUGUGGAAAAUCAUUUUUCCAGGUGUCAUCUCUCCUAAGGCAUCAGACAACCCAUACUGGAGAAAAACUUUAUGAAUGCAGUGAAUGUGGGAAAGGCUUCUCCCUGAACUCAGCCCUCAACGUACAUCAGAAAAUUCAUACUGGAGAGAGACACCAUAAGUGCAGUGAGUGUGGGAAGGCCUUUACCCAAAAAUCAACACUCAGAAUGCAUCAGAGAAUUCAUUCAGGAGAGAGAUCCUAUAUAUGUACUGAAUGUGGGCAGGCCUUCAUCCAAAAGGCACACUUGAUUGCACAUCAAAGAAUUCACACUGGAGAGAAGCCUUAUGAAUGCAGUGACUGUCAGAAAUCUUUCCCCUCUAAGUCACAACUCCAGAUGCAUAAGCGAAUUCACACAGGAGAGAAACCCUACAUAUGCACUGACUGUGGUAAGGCCUUUACCAAUAGAUCAAAUCUGAAUACUCACCAGAAAUCUCACACUGGAGAGAAGUCUUAUAUAUGUGCUGAAUGCGGGAAAGCCUUCACAGAUAGGUCAAAUUUCAAUAAACACCAGACUAUUCAUACUGGAGAGAAGCCCUAUGUUUGUGCUGAUUGUGGGAGGGCCUUCAUCCAGAAGUCAGAGUUACUUACACAUCAGAGAAUCCAUACUACAGAGAAGCCUUAUAAAUGUUCUGACUGUGAGAAAUCCUUUUCAAAGAAACCACACCUCAAAGUACAUCAGCGAAUUCACACAGGAGAGAAACCAUAUAUAUGUGCAGAAUGUGGGAAAGCUUUCACAGACAGGUCAAAUUUCAAUAAACACCAGACAAUUCAUACUGGAGAUAAACCCUAUAAAUGUAGUGACUGUGGAAAAGGCUUCACUCAGAAAUCAGUUCUGAGUAUGCAUCGCAAUAUUCAUACAUGAAAGUAACCCUGUUUCUUGAAAAUGAGAAAGCCUUAUCACAGAAAUCAGGUCUAAGUGUGUGUUAUAAAAUUCAACCAAGACAGAUCAUAUAUUGAAUGCAUUGCAUAAUAAAAAGAAUGUGUCAGGCUCUUUCACCUGAGAUGAGAAAAAUUAUUCAGAAGAGACCCUCUAAGAAUGCAUUGAAUGAUGAGGAAUUUCCAUAUUUGCAAAGCUUCACAAAAUAUAAUUGAAUUCAUACUAGGGAAAAUGUUAUCAGUUUGAGAUAUUAGGAAAACCCUUCCUGUAGAAAGUAUUAUAAGGCAAAUUAUUACCAAAUUCUUUAUAGAAAAGUAUGAAAAAAGAUAUAAUUGACAGUAAUGUUUAUUGUGUUGUAUUAAGCAAUUUAAAGUGACAACAAAAUGAAAGGCAGGACAAAAAAAUAAUAUAUAUGAUGUAUAGACCUGCUCUCAGAUCUGUUUGUAACAAAACACAUUGCACAAUGGGAGGAAUAAUUGAGUUGAAAUUCUUUUUUUUAUUUAAUGUAUUUGUGUCUAUCAAAUAUGUUUGCUACUGAAUAUUUUGCUCAUGUGAAUCCACAGUUUUAAAGUCAUUAUGGUUUUAUAUAUAUACUCACCUGCUGAUAUAUUUUUACGCAAACACAUAAAUAUAAUCCUGUCAUACAUGUUGAUUUCUGUGACAUCAUAUUUUUAUCUUCCUUCAUUGUGGUACAGUGCAGAAAUAACCACAGCUCUCUCCCAUCCUUUUAUGCACCCCUCUUUGUAAUAUUACUGUUGUUUCUCUUAUUAAGAGCAGAGCUCUCUCUGUACUCCUGGACUCUUGAGUUUGGCCAUGUGAAUUUGCUUGGGCCAAUAUACAUUAACAAAGAGAUUCAAGAAGAUGCUGGAGAGGUGUGAAAAGCCUGCCUUGAGACUUACCCUUUCUUGCAGCUUUUUUGAAUUCUGAGACCUUCGUGUGAAGAAGCUCAAAUUACUAAGGGAUGUGAAACCACGUGGAACAGAGAUGAACCAACCCAGAUCAAGGCCCCUUAGACCAAAUGCCAGACGUGGGAGUGAGGCCUUCUUCAACCUCCAUCCCCAGCCGUGCCAGCCCACAGCAGAAGAGCCACAUCAGUCAUCCCAACCAACCUGGAGAAUUAUGAGAUAGAAAAAAUGAUUAUUGUUUUAAGCUACUAAGUUUGGUGUAGUCUGUUACACAGCAAAUGCUGAAUAAUACAUAAAAGUGUACACCUACUGGGGGUGUUGUAUCAAAAUAUAAAACAUGUGGCAUCAGCUCUGGGCCUGGGCAGCAAGUGGAGACUGGAAAAGCAAUGAGGAAGACUGUUAAGAAAGUAUGCAGAAGAUGGCAGUCUAUGUUGUCUAGUGAG